GAAUGAAGCGGCCGACUCAGAAGCCAAAAUAACUUGGACAGAGAGAGACGGAGACAGAGAGGGAACGAUGGAAAAAACAACUCUGAGACAGACACAAAGACAACAAAAGACAAACUGAAACAAAAAAUUCAUUCAGGAAGACUGUGGCCAGGACCAGGACUCAUCUGACCCACAACAGGACCAGAACAGAGGAACCACGAUGGACUAUGAACCCAAGAAAUCCAAGAAGGGUUUUGUCUCCCCUAUUAAGCGGCUGGUCUGGUCAAAAUCUGCUCGCAGGCAGGUGGAUCGUGGCAGCGUUUACCGCCGCCCGCUGCACACCGUCCCCCUCUACCCCCCCGACUACCUCAUCCACCCUGAGAGACUCAUCUUCGACUACGUAGAGAAGGAGGUCAAGUUUCUUGGUCACCUGACCUGGGUGUCUGUUUCACUGAACCCCUCCAGCCGAGACGAGCUGCUACAGCUGCUGGACACAGCCAGGCAGCUGAAGGUGCUGCCGUUGAAGACCAGUGUGGAUCAGGACUGUAUUCUGAGUCUGUCUGCUCGCUGUCUGCUGCUGACGUGGAGAGACAACGAGAAGCUGCUGGUGAGGAUUCCCACACACGAGAUCGCUGCUGCCUCCUACCUGAGGGACGACGCACUGCACCUGCUGGUCCUCAAGACAGGUCUGAACGUGGAUACAGUGGUUGCUGGGGACGACAGCCUGGACAGGAAAAAGCCAACUGGCAUAGAUGGCAGACGUCAAACCAUGAGCGGCAACGCUGACCCUCGGCCUGCAGGGGGCACCAUGGAACGACGCCACACCAUCUGUGGAGUCGACUGGAGGCCAUCACUGUCCAGGAGUAACCACGACAAAAACCAGAAUGUGGAGAGGGGGGGUGGAGGAGGUGGGAGUGAAAGAGGAGGGGGAGAGAGAGGAGGAGGAGGGAGUUUGGAGAGGAAGAGGGUGGGAGGGAGCUGGGAGAGGAGGCAGCAAACACGCAAAACAGGAGGGAGCUGGGAGAACCGCAGAGCGAGACCCAUGAGCGGGAGCUGGGGGGUGGGGGUGGGAGGAGGUGGUGGAGGGAGCUGGGAGAGGAGGCAUGGAGGAGGUGGAGGAGGUGGGAGCUGGGAGAGGAGAGGAGGAGGUGGCGGUGGUGGGGGGAGCUGGGAGCGGCGGCAGGCCUGCACGGGAAGCUGGGAGCGGGGGAAGAGCUACGGCAGCUGGGAGAGGAGGAACCACAACCCACUGGAGCCGACGCCCUGCCCUGACGCCUACUGCAACCUGGUCAUCCUGGCUGUGGAGAACAGGGAUGCUGCAGAGGAGUACUGUUCCCUGAUCUGUCAGAUGUUCCAGAUCAUUUACGGCCAUCAGACCAUCGAGUGUGUCGACAGAGCCGGAUUUCACCACUCCAUGCCGGACCGCUUCUGGCUACAGAGGAGUGACAGCUGUCUGACUGACAUGUCCUACAGUUAUGAUCCAGAGUUCAGCUGCUGCAGCUCAUACGAUGGUUCCCAGGAUGCCUUUGAGCUCUACUACAGCGAGACGUACAGUGAGAGCUCGUCUCUCUCGCUGCAGGACUCCCAUCGCAGUCUCACUUCAGUCAGCGACGGAGGAGACAGUAACCCUGCCCUGCUGUUGAUGCAGGAAUACAUGAUCACUCUGCGUAACAAGCUGAGUCCGGUGGAGUUGCAGCACUUUGCGGUGUUGCUGAGAGAAUACAGGCUGGGAUCAAACAUCGACCACUUCUGCUCUGAGCUGCUGCAACUGUACGGAGACAACCGCAAGUUCCUGCUAAUGGGCAUGCGUCCAUUCAUCCCAGACAAGGACGUCGGGGUGUUUGAGAGUUUCCUGGAGAGCAUCGGGAUCCGGGAGGGUGGGAUUUUAACUGACAGCUUCGGACGCAUCAAACGCAGCAUGAGCAACACGUCAGCGACGGCCAUGAGAGGGUAUGACAACAGCUCUCUGGCGUCAGGAUCUCAGGAGUUCAACCGACGCAUCACUGACAUCACCCACGACAUCCAGGCGCUCGGCUUCCAGGACACACACGGAGACAUUGAGGAGGAAGACUACUACCUCUGAUGAAGAGGUGAAGGGAAACAGUGAGAGUCUGAGUUUUCUCCAAUACCAGACAAAUAAACUGAAAAUAUACAAUAAACUGUCUGACAGAGGAAUCAUUCGUAAAGUUGCUGUUUUAAAAUGCAUUUCCUGCUCGAUGCACAGAACAGCAGAUAAAACCAGCAAGUGAGUUGAAUAAAAUAAUAGUACGAAAGUUGUUGUAUAGAAACCAGAGCUGUCUUAAUUCAGUUCAACUCAUACUGUUUAUUUUUCAGUGUAUCAUACAGUUAAUGCACAGUGAGAUUAUGAUCUAUGAUCAUGAUUUUUUACCUGUGGUUAUUAUUUAAUACAGAAAUCUAUUAAAUCUUA